CUUCGAAGACAAGCCUAACAGUCCUACUUGGCGUGCCGGCUUGAGGGAGGCGGAGGCUUGGUGGGUGGGUGUUUUUUUUUUCCCCGGCCUGGUCGAGUCGUGUUUUUGCCUCUUCGGACAAGGCUCCUCUCCGGAAAAGGUCUCCGAGGACCAAGAUGAGUUUGUUCGGGUCAACAUCAGGAUUUGGAACUGGAGGCACCAGUAUGUUUGGUAGCACUGCCACCGAUAACCACAACCCAAUGAAGGAUAUUGAAGUUACUUCCCCACCUGAUGACAGCAUAGGUUGUUUGGCUUUCAGCCCACCAACAUUGUCGGGUAAUUUCCUUAUUGCAGGAUCAUGGGCAAAUGAUGUUCGUUGUUGGGAAAUCCAAGAUAAUGGGCAGACUAUUCCAAAAGCCCAACAGAUGCAUACAGGACCGGUGCUGGAUGUUUGCUGGAGUGAUGAUGGAAGUAAAGUGUUCACAGUGUCCUGUGAUAAAACUGCCAAAAUGUGGGAUCUUAACAGUAAUCAAGCAAUACAAAUUGCACAGCAUGAAGCUCCUGUAAAGACCGUCCAUUGGAUUAAAGCACCAAAUUAUAGUUGUGUGAUGACUGGAAGUUGGGAUAAAACAUUAAAGUUUUGGGAUACACGAACCCCCACUCCAAUGAUGACACUGCAGUUGCCUGAGCGAUGUUAUUGUGCUGAUGUGGUAUAUCCCAUGGCUGUUGUUGCUACUGCAGAAAGGGGCUUGAUAGUUUAUCAGUUAGAAAAUCAGCCUUCUGAAUUUAGAAGGAUAGACUCUCCACUUAAACAUCAGCAUCGCUGUGUGGCUAUUUUCAAAGAUAAAGUGAACAAACCAACAGGCUUUGCCCUUGGAAGUAUCGAAGGAAGAGUUGCCAUUCAUUAUAUUAACCCACCAAAUCCUGCCAAAGACAAUUUUACCUUCAAAUGCCAUCGAUCCAAUGGUACAAACACAUCUGCACCUCAAGAUAUCUAUGCAGUAAAUGGAAUUGCCUUUCAUCCUGCCCACGGCACUCUUGCAACUGUAGGGUCUGAUGGCAGAUUCAGCUUCUGGGAUAAAGAUGCACGGACAAAGCUAAAAACAUCUGAGCAGCUGGACCAGCCAAUAUCUGCUUGCUGCUUCAACCAUAACGGCAACAUAUUUGCAUAUGCUUCUAGUUAUGACUGGUCAAAGGGGCAUGAGUUCUAUAAUCCACAAAAGAAAAACUAUAUUUUUCUCCGCAAUGCUGCUGAAGAAUUAAAACCUAGAAAUAAAAAGUAGUCUGUGUUACAAGAGAAUGAGUGAGCAGGACAAAUUUUAACAUUGUACUGUGUCCAUGCUUGUGGUAUCAAGAAAAAUGAAGGACCAGUAUUCUAGCUUGAAGAAUACUUUCUGUGACUGAGUUGUAUAAUAUGAUUACUUCUGUAAUCCAAUCUGUGCCCUAAAACACUGCAGAUACAGGUCCCCCACCCCCACCCCCCAGAUAUAUCCCAAGUAGAAUAACUGUUUUGCCCUCAACAUUUUUAUGCCAAUUCCAACAUUAUCAAGCAUGGGGAUAAAAUCAGAGUACAACCAAGUAGAAAUGGUUUGAAGACUUUUAUAAGGUUAUUCUAGUUGAGGUUUAUUUUCAUUCUGGAAUUUUCUGUGCAACUGCCAAAGGACUAUUCUUUCAAGGUUGAUGCUUACAGUUGUUUAUAAUGAAUGGGAGCAAAAUGUGAAACUAGAAGUUGUAUAUUAUAUUUCUGUCAAUACAAUCUCUGUAAGUUCAUAUGUUGUAAUAUUUGUUACAAUUUAAAUAAAACUGAUUUGAAUUAAAAUAUUUUUCAUGUUAAUAGCCUAAUGAUCAAAUGCUUAGCAAUCUGAAGGCAGGCAGUGAAAUACAGGCAGAUGCAACUGCUCUCAUUAAAUUAUUUAGCAGAAGCCUGCUUCUUUAUUUUGUACAUAAAUAUCUGCUUUUAAGCUAAAGAGGCUAGUCACUAACUUCACUGUAAAUGAGAAAUCUGUGCUUAUUUAUAUAUUGUGUAACCUUGCUACACUUCUUAGUUCAAUAAUUACACAGUAUGCUGCUACAUAAAGAGUGCAUGUCUGUUGUUCCUGUUUGACUAAUAGUAACUUAGAAAGUUAAUUUUUGCAGCUUCAGACAGUUUAUUCCAAUGCUAUAUCCUAUUUGUGACUGUGUGACAUUAGAAAGUGCCUGAUGAGAACCAUGCUAGCUAAUACUAUUUUAAGUGAAGUUACUAGAACUGAAUCUGGGGUUAUCUGAAAGGCAUUUAACCAGCCCACAUUUUUAUGCUGCUUGGUAUCUUACAAGGGUUCCUGGACUUUUAGUAUCCACUGUAAUGGCCCUCCACCCAUUGUAGAAAAGCGAUCUUCAAACUCACAUACCUAUAUGUCUCCUAACAAAGCCACAGAUCACUGAUUUGUCAGGGUUGAUGUGAAUCUGUCAGUGAAUCAAUAGAUGUCAGACAAGACAUAGGACUACAGAGAAUCCUCCUGAAGUCAUGUAGGUAUUUGCAUGCCCAGUAUUUUGUUCAAAUAAAUGCAGAGUUUUACUGUGAAGGCCACAAGGAAGUGGAUAUUUGGCAUGCAUAGAUUCUGAAUGCACUGUACUGUAUAUGCCAGUAUCUUGAAUGCACCCUUGCAUGUAUUAGGCUUUUAGCAAGACCAGAUCUAGCCCUAAUCUAUUGCUUAUGGCAAGAAUCCUAUUGCGCUGCUUCUAGCUCUUAGGCAGUAGCUCAUAAGCAUUUAAAUGUUUAUGUUGGAGUCUUUUAAAGUUAUGUACUGCUGAACUGUAACUAGAGUAAUACAGACUAAAUGCAUAUUC